CGACGUGGCUUCAAACGCCUGCCUGGCAUCAACACCACGACCGCAACCAGAGAGGUGCCGUGCCAAUCCGCAAGCUCCGCUGACUAUGGGCACAUAAGCCCAUCUGCGCCAGCACACUCAACAAAUUCAGAGGGCUGGGAAUUGGAGCUGUCACACGAUGCGACUCGUAGCUUAUGCUGGGGCUUCGACAGCUCUAGCUGCGGGAGUGAUAGUACAUGCUUUCAAUCAGAGGCCGAAUUUCUAUUCGGCGUGUGUUUAUUUGUCGCAGAGCAAUUUGUCUUUAAUGGUCCUCACAAACCUGGCGCUCUUCGUCGUCGCAUCUUUCAUAUACUGCCUCCAGCGAAUAUGCUACGGCCCGUUACGCCCAAUCGAAGUCGAGCAGCUCUACGAGAAGGGAUGGUUCGCCAUCACCGAGACAUGUCUGGCCAUGACCAUAUUCCGCGAUGAAGUCGGGGCCUGGUUCCUCGUCAUGUUCGUGGGAUUGAUGGCCGGGAAGGUAUGGGGAUGGAUUGGAGAAGGAAGGGUGGAAAUACUGGAGCAGCAACCGCCUGCAAAUCCGCGGCUGUUCCACAUACGACUCUCGAUCUCUCUGACCAUGUCCAUUAUCUACGACGCCUGUCUGCUUUCAUAUGCUAUAAACUCGGUCAUCCAGCAGGCUAAGCCGAAUAUGAUGGUUAUGUUCCUGUUCGAGUUUGCGAUUCUGACGGCGUCGUCGUUCUCGACGGCCCUGCGCUAUGGAAUCUCCUUGAUCGAGGCGAAGGUCAUAAAGCUACAGACGCAGGAGAUGCUGGAGAGCCGGAGGGCCGAAGUUAGGAGGCAACGACAGGAGAUGAUCAGAGAGAGAGAGGCUGCGGCUGCUAGCGGCGAGCCACUAUCAACUGAAGCAGCCGAGGAGCCAUUGCCCUCGGAAGAUGAUAUUGAAGAGAUGGACAUCGAACCACCUGGAUGGGAGACGAAGGGUCAUUGGGUGUUGACCCUUGACCUCAUGACUGAUUUCGUCAAGCUGGGUAUCUACUCUGCCUUCUUCUGCAUCCUUCUGACCUUCUACGGUCUGCCCAUCCAUAUUAUGCGCGACCUAUUCCUCACCGCGCGUUCGUUCCUCAAGCGUCUUAGUGCAUUCCUGAAAUACAGGAAUGCGACGAGAGAUAUGAACCAGAGAUACCCCGACGCUACCGAGGAAGAAAUCCAGCGAGAGGAUACCUGCAUUAUCUGCAGAGAAGAGAUGACGCCCUGGUCUGUCACAAAUCCAGCACCCGGUGCUCCAGCAGCAGGCGCUCCCCCCCCACCUGUUGCCCGAAGCCCGAUAAUCAGCGAGCGGUCCCGACCAAAGAAACUACCGUGUGGACACGUUCUGCACCUUGGAUGCUUGAAGAGCUGGCUCGAAAGACAGCAAGUUUGUCCAACGUGCCGCCGACCCGUCGUCGAUACCAGACCCGCAGGAGCCCAGGCACCAAGACCACCAGGAGCCCAACCCCAUCUUCCCGGCCAGCUUCCCCUCCCGCAAGGCCCACCCGUUGCUGAUAAUAGAGCACGGGUACACGUCGCUAGAGGCAUCAACAUUGGACCCAUACGAUUUGCUUUUGGUCGCGACGAGAUGAUUGAUUUUGGCCCACCGCCGAACCAGCAAGCCUUCCCGGGCGUGCCACCGGGCCAAGCCCCCAUCCCGCCCAACGCGCGCGUCUACGGAUUCGAGAUGGGCUUCCCCCCUCCACCCCAGGGAAUGAGACACCCCCAAGCCCCUCAGGGCAUGUAUGCCCCGCCUUCGGGAGCAGCGAAUGUGCAAUCCCAAUUACAACACCUCGAGCAGCACAUCGUCCAGGAGAUCCAGAGUCUCUCCGUCGCGCAGACGGAGCUCGUCCUCGUCCGCCAUCUGCAAGCUGAACUACUCCGCCUGCGCCAGCUACGUGCGCCUGAUCACCAGCAGCCUCAGCCGGAAACGCGAACGACUGUCGGAGCUGCCCCGCUGUCGUUUGUGCAGCGCCAUGAGCAGUUUGCGAGUACGACGGCUAUUCCGAGCGGGAGCCCGGAUUUGCCUCCUGGGGUUACGAUUCCAGAGGGUUGGUCGCUGUUGCCGUUGCAGAAUAUGGAUACGCUGUUACAGCCGCAAGCCGGGCCUUCGGGUGCACAGGAUGCGGCUCCGGCGACUGGUGAGGUUAGUUUGCCCGCCACUGGGCUGGCGGAUCUAGCAACGCAGCCGCAAGGGGCACCGGUCGUUGGGGAGACCGGGGUUACGCCAACGGAUACGAGUGGUACAUCGCUUGUGGCCGAUCCUAUAGUAGCUCAUCCAGAAGCUGCUGCAGAUUCUAGCCCGGUAGAGAUGGCAGCUCCUUCAGCAGCCGCCGCAAAUUUUGCUCCGGUAGAGGUUGUGCCUAAUCCUCUGCUGGCCGCUCCUGGGCCCUCUAUAGAACCGACUCCGACAGUGCCUUUGGUAGAGCCAUCCUCGUCUUCAAGCGAGGAUCCUGAAGCUACACCUAGUACGGAGGAGACCGAUGAGGCACCGCUACCGGAUUGGAGCGCGCCUUUUGUAUUCCCUGGACAGCAGGCGGGUGAGGCGGCUAAGGGUGAUGUAACAGCCGCUGCUGUUACAUCACCCUUAGCUGCGGACCCGGUGACACUUCCCUCGUUGGUGCAGGCGGAUGAGGUACAUGAAACUGUGAGAGCAACUGAUGAUGUCGCUGCGAAUGGCUCGGUUGCGAAUGGUUCAGCUGCCAAUGGUUCAGCUGCACCUAAGGAGGCGCCUACAUCAGAGAAAGACGCGAAAGGAAAGGGCAAAGCUAAGGCCGCGAGCGUUGAGGAAGUCGAGGAAGUCGAGAACGCGUAAGGGACGAGCGGCUGAUAAACGGACUGUAUGACUGGAAGGAAAAGAAAAGGGAAGAUCGAGGGUUGUGGGCGGCGGAGAGCAUGAAACUGGCGUUUUUAUUAUAUCUUUUCGCGCCCCUAACUUAGAUUAUGGGGCUGGCGUCUGUAAGCUAUACCACUUUGUGUACGAGGAAUUGAAAAGACUUGGGUUUAUUAUUUCUAUGUGUGGUUGCUAUUGUGAUUGCGGCUGUGAAUGGGCAUGGAGGCGGCAUUUAACGGCGGGUGAGGCCAUGCCCAAUAUCUGCACAACGUCUAAGUUGGGGUACACACUGGACAUUUUGAGUCCAAUCACAGCUCGAUCGGCGAAUGGUGUCAUGCACAGUAAAGUAGGGGUUCAAAAAAGGCACGGAGCGCUCCACAAGUGCACAAAGGGAACGGAUAGGACCAUUUAACGUGCUAGAGGUUCGUAGGAGGAAUGGUAAUUGGACAAAGCUAGGAGGAAGGGUAACGGUAACCAGCCAUCAACAACUGAGACAGACGCGUUAUUAUAUAUAUAUGUCGUCACAGCUAUAUAUAAGCUAUAUAUUUUUUUGUUUUUGCCACAACUCUCUGGUGGCUGUUGUACAUUCAUUUACCUGUAUGAGCAAAACAAAACAAAAAUAGCUGAACCCCGGG